AUGUGUGGCAGCCCGCUGGCUGUGUGUCUUGUGAGCUUGUUUGUGUCUCCGCGGGCAGCACCGCUUCCAGACCCCUUCCUCCCACUGCACAAUGGCAUCAACCUCGACGUCGCGCUUCCGGACGCUGGGGUGUGGUUCAAGACGCAAUACGAGGCGGCUCAGAUGCAGGCCAUUGCGGAGGCCGGCUUCGAGUCAGUCCGCGUCUUUUCACCCUUCAACGCGAACUUGUCGCAAGUCGACGCGCAGAUCGACGACGCCCUCUCCGCCGGUCUCUCCAUCGUGGUCUGCCUGUGGGGCUUGAACGAGUGGGCCGAAGACCCGGAGCUCGGCCGCUCCCAGAUUGUAGAGCGCUGGCACUCCCUCGCCGCCCGGUGGAUAAAGUACCCCAACCGGCUCGUCUUUGAGCUGCUCAACGAGCCGGAGGGGAUCGGCUUUGCGCCCACCCACGAAGCCAAUGAGGCGGUCAUGUCGCUGUACGAGGCGGCGCUGCGGGCCAUCCGCUCCCAAGACGCCACCCGACCGGUCCUCCUCAGCAGUCCUGGCUACAACGAUCCGGAAUGGCUCGACCCGUACGUGACCGACGCCUACCUCACCCCUUCAAACAGCACAGCCCCCGACGAGCCGAUUCCCCCUAGUUCGGGCAACUGUAUGUCGUGGUGUGAUAGCAAGACGCGAGUGCGGUUCUCGGAAGACCCCAACGUCGGCGUCGCGAUCCACUUCUACCGACCGAAAGGCUUGGGGGUGGGGCUAAAUUGGGCGAUGUGGACCGACCCGCUCGGGGCGGACGAGGAGCGGUGGCAGAGGCCGAUUGCGCGCGAGGUGGAGUAUGUGGUCCGGUGGCGGGCAAAGUAUGGCCACAGCGUGCCGGUCAUCACGACGGAGUGGGGCUGCUGGCUGUUUGAGAGCCGCGUGGCCGAUAGCGGCGAUCUCGACCGAUGGCUCCGCUACCACCUCGACCUCUUUGCGGCGAACGACAUUGGCUCCAUGUGGUACACGGGCAUCCAGCACAACCAGCGCGGCUUUGGCACCCGCUUCGGAGGCGCGAGAGCGGGGCGUGCCAGGGCCGGCGCCUCACGGCGCCGUCUGUGUGGAGUAGGCAUCUUCGACACGGAGAUGGGCUGGACCAAGCAGGUCCUCGACCGGCUGACGGGGCGGCGGCCAGCGAGCUGGCCCUCCCUCAACCAGGUCAUCAACGGCGAGUUCUUCACCACUGACGGCUGGCAGCUGUCGAGCGACGCCGUCUCGGCGGAGAUCCUCCAGCGGUGGGAGAUGCCGCCCUUUAGCGGUCGCACCACGCUCAAGCUGACCGUGCCCGACCUCGGCGGAGAGCACGCGCUGCUCUACCAGCAAACCUUUGGCUCGCACAUGGCGCGCUCCCAGGAGCCGGGCGAGCCCACUUGA